CACUAUUGUUGAUAUUAGGUUGAAUUGGUAAUUCUGCGAACAAGGGAAUCCAUUGCUAAAAACCGAUAUGUGUUUCCUUUGUGAUUGCUGGCCUCUUGCAUUUCUUUCUGGAGAACAGGGUUUAAUAUGUGUCCUAAUGUCAGAUCAUGACAGACCUCUAAGCAAGGCUGGGAGAGCUGACGCAAUCAGCGUUUCUAAUAAACUCCAACAGAUGGGGUGGAUACCCGAGCUUAUCCUGUGCAGUGAUGCAAUGCGCACAAAGGAAACUCUUAAGAUCCUGCAAGAACAUGUUCAGGGAUUGUCUCAAGCAGUGGUACACUUCAUCCCAAGUUUCUACUCAAUUUCAGCGAUGGAUGGCCAAACUGCAGAGCAUUUACAAAAGGCAAUCUGUGAAUAUUCGAGCGACGAGAUAUUAACCGUCAUGUGCAUGGGUCAUAAUAAAGGAUGGGAGGAAGCAGCCUCUAUGUUUUCUGGUGAUUCAGUUGUUCUUGAGACAUGUAAUGCGGCGCUGCUAGAAGCUGCAGGGAAAUCAUGGGUUGAGGCUUUUUCUCUGGCUGGUCUUGGGGGAUGGAAGCUUCAUGGAAUUGUAAAGCCAUGAAUUGUUGUAACUAAAAGUGAGAUGUAAUUUUUGUAGCUUAAUUCUGAUUUUGCCCCGUGGCCUGUAUGUAGCUCUUUUC